CAGCUCCAGCAGCUCAGUCGCCAACGCUCCUCAUCCUACCCCGGCCCUGUGCCGCACUUCUUGGCGGCGAACUGGUCUGUUGCGCUGGUCCACCCUCGCCGAUCGCCCAGGGCUCGACCAUCAGCUGGCUGAGGGCAUAGUACUCUACCACGUCACCAACUCAUCGCUCCGCUGCACGUCUCCUCCCGCCGGCCUCCACACCACUCUCUCCACCGAGCUCUGCACCACCAUCACUACAUAUCCAGCUGCUGGCAGCUCCAGCGAGGACACCAGCGCGCCCACGUCUUCGGCAGCGACCGGCUCGGCGGUCGCUGCCUGGGCGGCGCUGCUCGACUUCCGCGACUUCCUUCUGAAAGACGAACCCGUCGGAGCGAUUACCGAUGUGGCUGGGCGUCCUUGACCGUGGGGUUCGUCUUAAUGUUCCGAAACCUCCCGAACAAGCUCGACUGGAUGACGCUGAAGGGACUUCUUGAUGAGGCCUGCUUCGGCACGUUCGAUUUUCUAUACUUGCGUAUAGACUUCAAGACGAGCUGCAACGUCGGCUAUGCGUUCAUCAACUUUUCCGACGUGACGGGCAUGAUCACCAUGCUGGACCGAGUUGAAAGCUGUGGCUGGACGUCCUUGACAGCGGACUUCAAGACGAGCUGCAACGUCGGAUAUGCGUUCAUCAACUUUUCCGACGUGAAGGGCAUGAUCGCCAUACUGGACCGAGUCGAGCACUGUGGCUGGACGCCCUUGACAACGCCUUCAUCAACCUCUCGGACAUCACUGGCAUGA